AUGGGGCUCGUCAAAUCUCUGUCUUUCAACUUCGUAGAAGAGCCUCACUUUCUUGUGCUCCUCGUGGCCGCAAUCGGCUCUGCCGUUCUGCAUACUCUGGGCAUCUUCCCUCUACUCUGGUCUCCGUACAGACACUACAACAGAUACACCGGGAUGCACUUUUUCAUGCCUGCUGAGAUGUUCUGCAACGUCGGAGGCACUAUUGAACGUGCAUCGGAGCUCGUGUUUGGGUUCGAUGUCACCCGGCGCAUAUCCAGCGACUUCGGCAUUGUCGGGAGGGGAACUACCAUAUCAUGGCCGGAGAUCACGCGCGAGCAAGAGAGCGCGCACGUCGAGAGGGUGCGCAGGGUGCUUCGGAAGAAGAAGCCAGAAUACCUGAGGCACAUCGUCGAGUUGAAGUGCUGGCUCAGACGCACCAUAAAGGGCAUGGACCAGCUGAGGAUGCAUAUGUCUGGCUUUCCUGUGUCGCCGCUGUUCAAGGAGCGGGAAUGUCGGGUGCUGAUCAUGAAAGCGUACCAGCGCCUGCAAUCUGUCGAUAGCGUCGAGGAGUUCAAACAAGUGAUUGUGCAUGUGGAGACGUCAAGAGUUCUCCACCACGACAUCAGCAUUGAGAUCAUCAUGCUGUAUCGUAAGAAUGGCGAAGUUGUCGGGGUCACCUGCGACUGGGAUCUGGACGACGAAGACAUUGAAUCGUAUUUGGACAUGCCAAUGUUUCCGUCUUCGGCGUCUAGCGGUAACACUGGAGAUCCCUCAGAUUCUCAAAAGGAGAAUAGUAUGACAAGUUGUGCUGAAACUGAGGCAAAGCCGGAAGGCGCGGCCAUUCCAAGCGUCGAUACUACGAAAUGGAGAGAACGCGUGGGCACGCGCCCGUUCAUGGCUCUCGAUGUUCUGUUCCUGGUGACGAAAGUACCUCUGCGCCGUUAUUGCCACGAUCUCGGGUCGUUCUUCUUUGUCAUCGCCUGGUUUUGUGCGCUCUUGGAUCCCGAGACACACAACUGUCACACUCUUGAAGAGUAG